AUGGAAAGUCAGAGCAAGGUUGGAAGCUUAACCUUUGAGGCAAUAAGCUCCAAGAAACAGCUACUUAGCCACGAGCAGCAAUGAGGUCCUGGAUUGUGUUCCUGCUGUGUAUAGCAUGUUGCACGGCAUUCCCUGCUAGGACCCAGACAGACAUAGAUAACAAAGAUGGACAGAUUGCUGAGGAGUUCUUGAAAAAAUUCUUCAACCUUCAGACAAAUGGGAUCCGCCAGUCAAGAAAGAAGGGCAGCAAUGCAUUCUCCGAGAAAAUCCGUGAGAUGCAGGACUUCUAUGGUUUGGAGGUCACUGGAACACUGGAUCAGGAAACCAUAGAUGUGAUGCAACAACCUCGGUGUGGGAUUUCUGACGUCGGCAAUUUUGCGACCUUCCCUGGAAACCCUGUUUGGAAGAAGAAAGAUCUGACAUACAGAAUACUAAACUACACCCCAGAUAUGCCCAAAGAUGAGGUGGACCGGGCCAUUCAGAAGGCUUUCAAGGUCUGGAGUGAUGUUACCCCACUUACCUUUACUAGAAUCCUUGAUGGUGUCGCUGAUAUUGAUAUCUCAUUUGCAGCUCAAGUUCAUAAUGAUUUUUAUCCUUUUGAUGGCCCAUAUGGUACCCUGGCCCAUGCAUUCGCUCCUGGAAACAACAUUGGAGGGGAUGCACAUUUUGACGAAGAUGAGAACUGGACUAGUGGAUCAGUUGGUUUCAACUUGUUCCUUGUGGCUGCUCACGAGUUUGGCCAUUCCCUUGGGCUCUACCAUUCUAAUGACCCUAAUGCCCUUAUGUACCCAACCUACCAUUACGUCGAUACCAAUACAUACCAGCUGCCUCAGGAUGACAUCAAUGGAAUCCAGUCACUGUAUGGAGCAAGUGAAAAGCCCGCUAAACCAUCAACACCAAUCAACCCAACAACAUGCCCCCCAAACAUAACAUUUGAUGCUAUAACAACACUGCGUGGAGAAAUCUUGUUCUUUAAACACAGAUCCUUCUGGCGCAAGAUCCCCAAUAAAUCAGAGAUUGAGCAGCAUGAGAUCAGAACUUUCUGGAAAACCCUUCCCACCGGAAUUCAGGCAGCCUAUGAAAAUCAGGAAAAGGAUCAAGUUUUUCUCUUUAAAGGAACCAAAUACUGGGCUCUUAAAGGCUUCGACAUUGAGGAGGGAUUCCCUAAGAGCAUCUACCAACUUGGGUUUCCCCAGACUGUAAAGAAAAUCGAUGCAGCUGUUCAUGUUGAAGAAACAAGGAAAACCUACUUCUUUGUGAAUAAUCAGUAUUGGAGCUAUGAUGAAAGAAGAUCACAAAUGGAUAAAGACUCUCCUCAGAGCAUCAUUAAUGGAUUCCCAGGUGUCGGAAACAAGGUGCAAGCAGUUUUCCAAUCAAAUGGAAAUCUCUAUUUCUUCAAUGGCAAUCGGCAGUAUGAAUUCAGCAUAGCCAAUAAGAGGGUCUUGCGCCUGCUUAAAUACACCAGUUGGUUGAACUGCUAAUCCAGAGGCCCCAGCAGCAACACGAGCACCCAACUGAACAAGAAGCACCUUAUUUUCUUUUCACAUUUAACUUAAAUUUUUAAUUUAUAUAAACAUUUUUGUGGUUGUUGUGUUAUUAUAUUAUACUGUCUACAUUUUUGGUAUGUAUGUUUGAUAUUAAGUAUAUUAAAUUUAUUCAUUUUUCAAAUAGA